AUGGCUGGAAUUCCUUCGGCUCAAAAGGAGAUCCCAUCGCUUCUUGACGAGUCACUCCAGCUUAUACAUGUCCUCAAUGCUCCUGGGAAUGCUGGAAUUGCCAGAUCUAUCCAGGAGAGGUUGCAGGCAAUCCAAAAGUCGGAGGCGGGGUGGGCCAUUGCAGAUGGACUUUUGGCCAGUGAUGACGCCAAUGCGAGAUUCUUUGGUGCCCUUACCUUGACCGUUAAAAUCCAUCAGGACUGGGAACAUCUUGGGGAAGAAAAAGCCAAAGGGCUUUUGGAGCAUCUGAUAAACAACUUCAUCACGAUGGUCUCAGGGAACGAAGCGGCAGUAGCCAUGAGGAAAUUUAUGUCAACGUUGACUACCUUCUUUUUCAAGCCUGAAGCUCCCUGGACUCAUUGCAUACGACAUGUUGCUAUUUCCAUGGCUAGUGGAAAGUACCUCCCGGAAGAUCAGUGCGAGCAGGAAAGUUUCGAAAAGCUCGCUCUGCCUUCGCUCAGUUAUGAACGGAUGCUCCCGCUUUUGUCCUUUUCUACUACCCUAGCUGAGGAGUCAUCACGGUAUUCCCUGAGCCAGGAUCUUAGAGCUCGUUUAGGUCCCAAUAUCAGGGAUGCAAUAUAUCUGAUAGAGUUCGUUUUGGAACGAGUAUCCAAUUUACAUGGAGCCGCAAAUCAACCGCAAUUCUCGGAUCACUUAAAUAAAUUAGCUAUUGAAGCCAUGAAAUCUUUCAAUGCAUGGCUUAUUGCAAUCCGAGGAGACCGCGUCUCUCUAGACGAUCUCCCAAAAGUAGUUGCAGUACCUUUGAAUUAUUCCGUUCAGUUUUUAGCGGUGCCUGAACUUGCAGAGAUGGCAAUGGAACUUCUUGCCGAAAUUCUUAGUAGCUAUGCAAAACUACUGGGGAUUGAACACCUGACUGCUAUCAUGCAAUUCCUCUCAGGAAAUUUCGGGGAAAAGUAUGCCUUGGCUCUAUUAAACGGGGAUUAUGAUGAGGACUCUAUGCGAUUUUUGGAUUUAUUAAUGCGAUAUGCAACGACGGUCCAUACUCAACUCUUCACUGGCGAAUUAAAUGAACAACAACGAAGGAUCCUUUUCUUGCUUCAUACCCUUUUCCGCGGACCAGGAUUCGCAGAAGUUGACGAUAAAGCGAGUUCACUUCUUCUGGAGUAUUGGACUGAGGCAGCGGAUGAUAUUAACGAUUAUAUCAUGCAGCGCGGUGUGGACAUUUUCCCAAAUCGUGUAAAAGGGGAGUUUGCACAAGUCGUCGCUGACUGUUAUGACAAGCUCCGGUAUCCCGAUUCGUCAGUACUGAAGGGGUGGGACGACGACGACGUGAGAAACUUCAAUGGAUUCAGACGUGACUUCGCAGACUUCUUGCUGGCCACCUAUUCUCUUCUAGGAUUUGACCUUAUUGAAAAGCUCGUUGAGCGAGCAACUAGCUUGAUGAACACCAACAUAUGGGACGGUUUUGAAGUAGCAAUAUUUUGUCUUGGUUUCUUGGCUGACUCUGUUGCGGAUAGUUCGAAAGUGGACAAGCUACUUCACACGAUUUUUCAUUCCGAAAUAUUCGAUGGCAUUUGUUUUAACCGAAUUUCCAUUCCUAUGAAGCCCCGUCAGACCCUAUCUGACAUGAUUGCAAGGUACACGUCAUACUUUGAACGCAACCACGACCUCCUUCCACGAGCCCUCAACUUUCUGUUCAAUUCCCUUGAUGCUCCGUCAUGCGACCAAGCUGCGUCCAAAUCCAUUUCAUUCCUCUGUCAGAACUGCCGCCAAGCACUCCCAAUGUACGUCGAUGAUUUUAUAAGUAAGCUGGAUCAGCUUCGCUCCAAUUCCUCCGUUAAUGUCACUACUCUUGAGCGAGUAUCCGAAGGCAUUGCUGCAGUUGUACAAGCGGCCACUUCAAAUACGGCCCGGGCAACAUGCCUGGUGAAACUACUAAUUCCCCUUCAUCAGUUAGCAGAACAAGCCAGAGUAGAAGCCCAAUCAGGCCAGUAUGAUGACGCGCUUGAAAAGGGGAUCGGGGUAAUGCGUUGCACAGCAAGCAUAGGCAAGGGGUUUCGGGCUCCUGAUGACGCCGUGAUCGACCUAGAUACAGACGCAGCAAGUGAAAGCACAGAUACUUUCUGGACCAGCGAUGAACUCGGCAAAACACCACAGGCUUACGUGAUUCAGAUUCUGGAGCUCUUAAUAGGCACAUUCCCUACUGAUGGCGACAUAAUCGAAGCUACAUGCGAUAUUCUCAAGGCGGGAUAUACAGAACGCACGCCCGGCCCAUAUGUCCUACCACCUCAAAUUACUAUCCGCUUCAUCAAGGCUGCUAGCGUUAACUCACCUCGCUUCCCGACAAUUAUGGGAACAGCCUCCGCUUUUCUAGCUUCUCACUUUGCUCACCCCUCAGCAGUCCAAGAUGAAGCCACUGAACUAAUAAUCCACGCCUAUGAACUCAUGAACUUCGUGAGCGCCCAGCCGGAUCAAUACGAUCCGGAGGUCGCGCAUAGCUGCAUUGAUUUUCUCAACUUGAUGUUGCCCAAGUACAAAACAGCAUUUUUUAACCUUAUCCACGCGCCUACACCCCAGCACAGUGUCGUCGUUCCCACGAUCCUCACCUUCACACUAGCAGUGCUGAAACGCCACGACCCUCUCCCUCUCCGGUCUGCUUCCGUAUUCUGGUCCACCCUAUUCUCCCUCACAGAUCUGCCAGUUGAGCUCCAACCAGGGACGGGUGGUUCUAUCACGGGACACCUAGCUGCCACGCCAGCUAACGGUACAAUUCCCCAACAUGGGCAGCAUUUCUUCGACACCUGCCUCGCAUCACUUGGAAAUAUACUUAUGCACCACAUAUCAGGUCACUGCGCACGCUCGGACCUUGACCACCUGUGUGAGGUUAUCAAGAAGUUCAUAUUCCACUACCAGGGUGCGGCACGUGUGCAUUUUGGGGCUGCGCUGGCGGGAAUGGAUAGUUCAACUGCACCAGGUGAGCCGGGAGGGGGAGGACGGGUGCCGGAGAAGGCGGAGCGAGAAAGAUUCUUAUCAUCUAUACUCUCGCUGAGGGGUGCGAGGGGAACUAAUCGUGUUGUGAAAGAUUAUUGGGUGACAUGCAGGGGGAAGGGAUUCGCGUAUGCGAGCUGAGUUUUGGUCUAAAUAGGGCCUUGGCCAAAUUUUUUAAAAUUCGAAAAGUUCAAAUUUCUG